UUUCUUAAUUUCAUUAUAGAAAACAUUAAAAAGAGAAGUUGUUAAAUGUCAAGCAUUAAUUCUAUGGACAGAUUGUGAUCGUGAAGGAGAAAAUAUUGGAUUUGAAAUAAUAAAUGUAUGUCGAUCAGUAAAAUCGAAUCUUAAAAUAUAUCGAGCACGUUUUUCUGAAAUAACUUAUGAUAGUGCAGUACGUGCUCUAUCAAAUUUAACUCAAGCUGAUGAACGUGUUAGUGCUGCUGUUGAUGUUCGUCAAGAACUUGAUUUACAUAUAGGUGCAGCAUUUACACGUUUUCAAACAUUACGUUUACAACGUUUAUUUCGCUUUGAUUCAAAACAAGUAAUUAGUUAUGGUUCAUGUCAAUUUCCAACAUUAGGUUUUAUUGUUGAACGUUAUCUUCAACGAGAAAAUUUUAUACCUGAACCAUUUUGGAAAAUAAUUGUUGAACAUUAA